GCAAAAUAAAAAAACAAAAUUAAUUGGAAUGUUAGUACAAAAUUCAAAAAUAUGUGAAAAAGCAAUAAAAAAAGCAAAAUGUGUGAAAAAAGGUGGUAUUUAAUCCGCAAGUACAUCUGAAUUAAAAUCAGUUUUAUAUCAGAUAUUUAGUCUUUCCUUUUUUCCAAAUAUUUAUAAAAAAAUGAACUACGAUCAGUUAAUUUCACAAAUUAACGAUCUUGGAGAAGGAGAUAGAGACCUAGGUUGUAUCCGUUAUUUCCAGCAACGUGGAAUUCUCCAUCAAGAAAGAAUCUGUUGUAAAUGUGGAAACGAAAUGAGGAUUUCUACAGCUCGCGGCAACUACGUAUGGCGGUGUAAGUUUAAAAGAUGCAAAGCAACAAAGGGACUUCGUACAAAUACAUGGUUUAACAAUGGAAAUCAGGGAAGCAAAUUACCUUUUUUAACUAUAUUUAAAUUUAUUUAUUGGUGGAGUAUAGAGUCACAUUCUAUUAAAUUUUGUCAUCGGGAAUUAAAAAUGGCCAGUGAUACCACUGUCCAUUUUUGUAGUUAUAUGCGUGAGGUUUGUUCAAACAUCAUAAAUUUUAGAAGACGAUCUGUUAUCGGGGGUAUUAACUUAACCGUUGAAGUACUCCUUUUUAAUUUUUAUGACUAA